AGAGACAAAAACAUGGACAGGCCGAGUUAAUAAGAGGUUAGGGAUACAGUGAGAGAGAGAUAGAGCAGUCUGGCUGUCAUUGGAGGAGUGUGGAGACCCUCCAUAGGGCGUGGCCAGCUAGCAAGGGCUGAUCCAGUGGGAGGAGGGACAGGCAGACCCAGGGAGGGCAGCACAGGCGGAGGGGAGGAGGGAGCUGGAGCCGGCCGGGCGUGAACCGUAGUCGGAGGAGAGCUCCAAAGUUCCCGGCCUGGGAGGCGUCGUAUGAAUCGAGAGGGGAGGCAGCGGGAGAUAGUGGGUCCGAGAAGACCGCUCUUGCCCCCCUCUAUGUGAGGGGGGUUCCCGGAGAGAGGAAUCUCCCGAUAUCUCCGGCAAUAAAAGAUGGGUGCCACUAAAAGCAAGCCACGAGAAGGCGGGCCACGGAGUCGCAGUCUGGAUAUUGCGGAAGGGUCCCACCAGCCUUUCACCUCCCUUUCUGCCUCUCAGACCCCCAGCAAGAGCCUGGAUUCGCACCGACCAUCUGGACAGCCAUUUGGGGGCAACUGUGACCUGACACCUUUUGGAGGGGUCAAUUUCUCUGAUACAAUCACUUCCCCCCAAAGGACAGGACCACUAGCAGGGGGCGUCACCACCUUUGUCGCUUUGUACGAUUAUGAAUCUCGCACCGAGACUGACCUGUCCUUCAGGAAGGGGGAAAGACUACAGAUUGUCAAUAACACGAGACCUGACAUGAGGGAAGGCGACUGGUGGUUGGCACGUUCCCUAAGCUCUGGGCAGACUGGCUACAUUCCAAGUAACUACGUAGCUCCUUCGGACUCCAUUCAGGCUGAAGAGUGGUAUUUGGGGAAGAUAACACGCCGAGAAGCAGAGCGUCUGCUGCUGAGCCUUGAAAACCCUCGAGGGACUUUCCUGGUCAGAGAGAGCGAAACUACCAAAGGUGCAUACUGCUUGUCUGUCUCUGACUAUGAUGCCAGUCGUGGCCUCAACGUGAAGCAUUACAAGAUCCGUAAAUUAGACAGUGGAGGAUUUUACAUCACGUCUCGAACUCAGUUCAGCAGCCUGCAGCAACUUGUGGCCUACUAUAGCAAACACGCAGAUGGCCUAUGUCACCGCCUGACCGCUGUUUGUCCCACUGCCAAGCCCCAAACUCAGGGCCUGUCCAAAGAUGCCUGGGAAAUUCCACGUGAUUCUCUGCGCUUGGAGCUCAAGCUUGGACAGGGCUGCUUUGGAGAAGUUUGGAUGGGUGUCUCUGUAGGCACUUGGAACGGAACCACUCGAGUGGCCAUCAAGACUCUGAAGCCUGGCACCAUGUCACCUGAAGCAUUUCUGCAGGAAGCACAGGUCAUGAAGAAACUUCGGCAUGAGAAGCUGGUACAGCUUUAUGCUGUGGUGUCAGAGGAACCCAUCUACAUAGUAACAGAGUAUAUGAGCAAAGGCAGUCUACUGGAUUUCUUGAAGGGUGAAAUGGGGCGAUAUCUAAGGCUUCCCCAACUUGUGGAUAUGGCUGCCCAGAUUGCUUCAGGCAUGGCCUACGUGGAACGUAUGAAUUAUGUGCAUCGGGAUCUGAGAGCAGCCAACAUUUUGGUGGGAGAGAAUUUGGUGUGCAAGGUGGCUGACUUUGGCUUGGCACGACUGAUAGAGGACAAUGAGUAUACAGCCCGUCAAGGUGCCAAGUUCCCUAUUAAGUGGACAGCCCCUGAGGCUGCUCUAUAUGGUAGAUUCACCAUUAAAUCUGAUGUCUGGUCUUUUGGAAUUCUCCUGACCGAGCUCACCACCAAGGGCAGGGUCCCUUACCCUGGCAUGGUUAACCGGGAAGUGUUGGACCAAGUAGAGCGAGGAUACCGCAUGCCUUGUCCCCCGGAUUGCCCAGAAUCCCUCCAUGAUCUGAUGUUCCAGUGCUGGAGGAAGGAUCCUGAGGAGAGACCAACCUUUGAAUACCUGCAGGCGUUCCUGGAGGACUAUUUUACAGCAACCGAACCGCAGUACCAGCCUGGGGACAACCUUUAGGUUUUGCCUCAUAAUCAAGAGACAGUUGUAGGACUCUUAAGAACAGACUCAGAGUUUCAUGGCCUUCCCUUAAAGAAAUGGUAACAUUGGUAGCAAGGAAAGGCACAGGUAUUAUCAGGUGCCGUUAAUAUUCUUCCAACCCAGUGGAAUCUGAAAUUUUGUUCUAUUUAUGAAGACUUUUGUGCAGACACAUCUCUUGCCCCAUGAGCCAGUUAUUCAGCAGUAACAAUCCCUUCUGACCACCAAAGCGUGAAAGGCAAGAUUUUUUUUUUUCAUAGUGCCAACUCUUUGAUACCAGGCUCAGAUGUCCACUUUUACCCUUUUGUUUACUGUUCACCCUUUAAUGUGCAUGAGAAGGGUUCGAUGGAGAUUCCGCUCUGGAACGUAUAACAACUGCCAUAUUUUCUACAGUAAAUAAUAGAAAAUGUAUUUGUUUUGGGUUUUAGAGUAUUAUAAGACUAUUAACCUGAGGGCUGAGGCCCAGCUACCGUCUUCCAUCUUCUUGCCACGUGGGCUUACUGGGCAGAGCUACUGCCUAUGUGUUAAUGGCGGGCAGACUGGACUCCUACCUUAAUGAUGUGUAGAGUUAUAAUAUUUUGUAUCCCCUGUUGAUGUCAGUCAACUGCAAAACCGCAACAAAAAACAAUUCCCAAGUGUUUCAAACAUCUGUUGUUCUCUAUAUAUCAUUUAUUUGCAGUUACGACUCUCCCACAAUAGGGGAACGAAAAGCUCCCAUCUGCUUUUUUUGGGGGGUUGGGGUAUCUGAGUUUAUUUGGGGAUUGUAUGUAAUUUGAAAGAAAAGGCUUUUUGAUAUUGUGACGUGUACGGCUGUUCCACAGUAUUGCCGUUGAACCUUAAUAGGUACUGCAGAACCUACCCAGUACCGGGUGGGUCCACCCUUAUUUUCUCAGGGAUAGGAAGUUAUGGGAAUCAAACUGCCAACUGAAGAGGGGGUGAAGAAGUAUUGGAACAUUUGACCACCACCGCCUUGAUGCGUAAUUCAUCAUUUCUAAUGCUGCCACUUAGGGCGGUUCUUAGUACUUAACCCCCUCCCUCACUGUGCCAAUCUAACUUAUACACCAGUGUAUACCUAUAUGUGUAUAUAUGACUUUUUUUGUUUGUUAUUUCGAAUGGUUAUAUACCACUGGGGUACAAGCCUUAUAUUGUGACUGCUUACCCGGAUACACUGUCGGAUUUUGAUACGGAUUUGUCUCUAGGAUGAUGAGGAGAGGUCGCCUCUCUGAUGGGGUUUCAAUAGACAAGGUGGGAGAGGGAAGGGGGGAUAUUUUGUUAAUACUUUAAACACUGGCACUACUUAUUCUGAUCUCCGUAGCAAUAAUAAUAAACCAUGGUACCGUGAAUAAAAGAGAGUACUCUAAAGCUGAA